AUGUCCGAAUUAACCACUACCAAACCUUAUGAUGACAUGAACAAGGAAGAGCAGGAUGCGCAUGAUGCCAAUGAGAGAGAAAGGGAGAAAGCCGAGCAAGCUGCUCUCCCAUAUCAGUGGACUCAGGAUCUCAACACUGUGACUGUAACAGUACCUUUGCCUAAAGGUACCAGAGGGAAGGAUCUCAAUGUGGUAAUGGGGAAGAAAAAGCUCAAGGUUCAACUGAAAUCAUCCAGUGAACCUAUAUUGGAAGGUGAAUUAUUCAACGAUAUAAUCUCAGAUGACUCUUCUUGGACAAUAGACGACAGCACCCUUAAUGUCGAGUUGGAGAAGUUAUCAGCACAUAUAGCCUCACAUCAAUGGUGGCCACAUGUCCUAACCCAUCAUCCCAAAAUCGACACUACUAAGAUAGUUCCUGAGAAUUCCAAAUUAGAAGAUUUGGACGGGGAAACAAGAGGGAUGGUAGAGAAAAUGAUGUUUGAUAACAGACAAAAAGCAAUGGGUAAACCUACUUCUGAUGAAUUGAAAAAACAGGAGAUGUUGGAAAAAUUCAAAAAAGCUCAUCCCGAAAUGGAUUUUAGUAAUUUGUCAAACGCACAUAUCUCAGUACUGAAUGAUCAAGUCUCGUCAUUACACCUCUUCGUUAGUAUUUAUUACUUGAUACUGAAAAAUAAUUCAGGAAUGACAAUCUACCUUGAAAAAGCAAUACUGGAACCGACAGUGAUAGUAGCAGUAGUGUUUAUCUUCCUGUUCUUCUCCGGUGAUAUAGGCUCGAAAUCAUCUUCCAAACCUAGGGAAACACGAGACUCACCUGAAAGAAGAAGUAGACCUGAGAAUCCCACACAUGAAAGUAAGAGAAGUGAUGGAUCGCCAAAUAAGAAAGAUGGUGAUGAUGAAUCCAAAAAAGGAAAUCCCCAGUCAAAAGAUCCGUCUUCACAAUCAGAGACGGCGCUCACUUCCCAGACUCCCAUCACACCUUUUACUUCGACAACAAAUGAUCCUUCCUCAGCUACCACGAAUGAACCGACUGCAACUUCAGCGGACUCGGAUGAUCGGAAAACAGGAUAUACAACUGAUGCAAGUUUCCAGUUGUCCGAUAAAGUGAAUUUGACACUUAAUAACCAUGAUGGUCGUCCGGUAAAAAUCACUUACAAGGGUGGUUCAUGA